CAGACGAAUGCAACGUCAGGGAUUGAAACCAGCCAUUGGCAUUGUUGUUGGUGCUCUCAAGGUAUGUAGAAGCAUGAGAGAUCUACAACUAGGCAGGAGAAUGAACAGGGAUGUUUCCGAGACAGGUGACUUCUCAAACAUUAUCGUCGCCAACAUCCUGCUUGAUCUGUACGCGAAAUGCGGAAGCAUGAUAGAUGCUCGUGGAACAUUUGACAGCAUGCCGCAUCGCGAUGUUGUCUCCUGGAAUUCGAGCGUACAGGGAUAUGAUAUGCACAGAGUGGAAAUGGUGAAAUGGCUCUACAGUUGUUUGCUCCUCUGGGAGACGAAGGGUACAAACCGGAUCGAGUAUCAGUUCCUGGUGCUCUCAAGGCUUGUUCCAGCUUGAUAGAGAAGGAUUCCGGGCAGGCUUUGGAUGGUCAACGGGUGGUAUUCUUAGAGAGGAGCAGGGAGAUUCACAGGAAAGCAGUAAAACUUGGCUUAGACUCGGAUCUCUUCGUCGCGAGCACCUUGAUUGAUCUUUACGCAAAAUGUGGGAGCUUGACAGAGGCUCGUCGAGUUUUCGAAGGAAUGAGCCAUCGUAGUGUGGUGACAUGGAACUGCAUGAUUCUCGGGUAUGCCAGCAGCGGCGAGGGUGGUGAAGCUCUCGAUAUCUAUGCUCGAAUGCGUCGUGGAGACACUCCACCGGAUGCUUUAACUUUCAUCGCAGCGCUGAAAGCUUGUUGCCGUCUUGCGGACGAGGAACUUGCCCAUGCCCCGGCACGCAUUCGUGGCAUGUUUGUUCCCCCAUCGAUGGAUCGAUCAGUUGUUCAUGGUGAAGAAGAAACGGAAGUCUUGAAGAUUCAGAGCUUCGAAAAAGGAAGGGCCGUUCGCUUGGAAGCUGGUAAGCACUAUUCAAACAUCUUAGUGACCAACACACUUGUGGAGUUCUAUGCCAACUGUGGGAGCAUGGUGGAGUCUCGCAGUUUCUUUGACAGUAUUGAACGUCCAGACGUGGUUUCUUGGAACUGCCUCACUCUUGGUUAUGCUCAGAACAGCAAAGGCGAGCAAGCUCUUGAGAUAUUCUUUAGCAUGGACGAGAAUGGUUGCGCUCCAGAUCGUGUCACAGUUCUUGCUGCACUAAAGGCCUGUGUCACCUUGGCUGAGAAGGAACAGGGCCAGAUUGUCGACGGAGGCGUCGUUAAGCUUCGGGCUUUGCAGAGAGGCAAGGCCGUGCAUGCUCGAGCUCUCGCUUUUGUGGACGGAGAAGACCUCUCGGUUCAUAAUGCUCUCGUUGACAUGUACGCCAAGUGUGGAGGCAUGGUGGAUGCUUGGCUGGUUUUCCAAGAUAUGGUGGUGCGACUUGGACGGGGAUAAUCCUGGGGUAUGCUUGCGGCGGCCAGCACAAGCUCGUCUUACAAUCGUUCGAAAGCAUGCAAGAGGAAGGUGUUAAGGCAGAUCAUGUCACUGCUACUGCUGCAUUUAAGGCUGUUGCGACUCUAGCAGAGAAUGGAGACCGCAAGCUUGUGAAGAAAUAGCUGGAGAAAGGCAGAGCUCUCCACUUGCAAGCCGCAAGGAUUUGCGAACUGGAUGACUACUUUUCGGUGGAUAUGUAUACCAAGUGUCAAAGCACGGCGGAAGUCUUCACAGCAUCAAAGGCCCCUUGAUCUUGGGAUAUAGUCGGUUUGGAGAACCCGAGCGAGCUCUGGAGUUCUACACUCGGUUGCUGCACGAGAAAAGCUUGUAACCGGACGUACGUUGCUGCUCUCAAAGCCUGCGCUGAGCCUUGCAGCACUGGACUUCGGGCAGCAGAUUCACGUACAAGCUUGCAGUGCUGGAUUGGAUACAGAGGCAUCGGUGGGAAGUUCUUUCUCUCAAAACGAGGCGCUCAAAGAGCGUGGCCUUGCAAGGUGGACGCGGUGGUGUGGAUGGCAUUCUUAAGUUCGUGCCUCAAGUGGAGAAAUGUGGAGCUUGGCAGGAUGGCCUUCAAGUCGGUUCUCAAGCUCGACGAUGGAACAGGCUCUGCGUACUCUCUCACGUCCAACAUCUAUGCCCGAGGAAGGCAUGGGGACUCAAGAGAAAGGAACAGAACACAAGCGAAGAACAGCGAAGAACAAGGAUAAAGCAAGGAGAGGGGAAGCGGUUUAAAGGUAUGUAAUCGUUGCCUAAUCCUACAGCAAAGCAUGGAAGUUUCUGGUCCCAUUGGCCCCCGAUGUUUAUCAUUUUCUCGCUCAACAUGCCUUUGUGACCUUCCAACCAGCAGUGGCCUUGUUAAACAAGCAGCUCCGCAAGCUUACCAUGGAUAUGUCACUCGUGUUGGAAGAAGAGCGCUUGAACGUGGAUGAUGGUGUGCUUUGGAUCAACGUAGCCAGUGGAAGUUAGAAAAAUGGAAGAACGAGGUGAAAACAUUGACAGCGAAAGAAAGCUUUUUGAUCCUGUGAUCUCCAGGUUUGCGGAUACGGUGAAAAAACUCAGUUUUGGUGGUGUAGUAACUUUUUGACUUUGUAGGGUUGAACACGCAACAAAUAAAAGGGAAAGAGUUGACGGCUUAUAAAUUCCCACACUCUAGGAUCUGUAGGGUAGGGAAUUUAGGGUUUGAUGGCAGAAACUUUUGGAAGGUUAUCUGGGGAUCAUGGGUUGGAGAGGAAAAUCAAUGUUUUUUGGGAUUCUGGUUGUGACCGUGAUAUUAUCUCACAGAAAUUAGUAGAUGAAUUCAA